AUCUACGACGUUGGACCUAAUUUAGCAUCCGUGUGCCUGCCUGUGCUAAAUUAGGGUUAACAUUCCUAGCAAGCAAGUGUCAAGACCCGCCGAAGCUCGCGGAAACGUGUAGAGGUGAAUGCCUAAAGUCCAUGCUUGUCGCCCGCUCCCUGUUCAAAAUGUCAAGUGUCAACCCCUUGGCGAGGCUGGAGCAGCGAGCCGCCGAAGCUGACCAGCUCAUUGAGUACCUCAAACAACAAGUCCAGCUGCUCAAGGAGAAAGCAAAUGUCCAGGCCAGCAUCAGAGAGGAGAAGAAACUGCUGGUGGAAAAUGCCAGGUUGAAGGAGGACAUAGAGGACCUGAAAAAACAGCUGCUGGACAAAGAGAAGAUGAGGGGAGUGCGAGACGUCGCCAUGCCAUCGGUGGAAGUCUCUGUGAAGUCCAACGCCACUCCUCCCCAACUCGGUGGUCCCGCGCCUUCUGUCACCCUGGCCGCCGCCACCACGGUUCAGAGUCCUUGCCCCAAAGACGACGGCAACAAUAAGAAGAAGCCAGAAAAAAAAGAGAAAAAACCACAGCAGAUGACGGCAGCUGGUCAGGACGACGCCAAGGUGGACGUGUCCCGGCUGGACCUCCGCGUCGGACGCAUCAUCACGGCGGAGAAGCACCCGGAUGCGGACAGUCUCUAUGUAGAGCAGGUGGACGUCGGGGAGCCUUCGCCCAGAACGGUGGUCAGUGGGCUGGUCAAGCAUGUGCCUUUGGAGCAGAUGCAGAACCGCAUGGCAAUUCUGCUGUGUAACUUAAAGCCAGCCAAGAUGAGAGGGGUGACAUCCCAGGCCAUGGUCAUGUGCGCCAGCUCGCCCGACAAGGUGGAAAUCCUUGACCCUCCCAGCGGUGCCGUGCCAGGGGAAAGAAUCACUUUCCAGAACUUCUCAGGCGAGCCCGACAAAGAGCUGAACCCAAAGAAGAAAGUUUGGGAGCAGAUUCAGCCCGACCUGCGCACAGACGGCGCAUGCGUGGCGACCUACAAGGGGGCGCCAUUCGAAGUGGCCGGUAGGGGAGUGUGCCGGGCACAGACCAUGAGCAACAGCGGCAUCAAAUAAAAGAAGAUGAGCCGAUCCACCAGGUGACAAAUGGAAGUGAAAAAGCGUUUGAAGGGCUUCAAUAAAAAUUUCAUCUUCUUCCUAA